UUCUCAUCCAAAAUGGGCAACAGUCAAGCCUUACAGCCAUUGCUUUUUCUAGUUGCUUUUUCCUUCCACUUAGUAAUGGCCAAGUCAUUUGGAACUUCUGCAAAUAUGACGAAGCCUGAAAAUGGUGUUAAAUAUCAUGUUGAGAAGCCGGAGCUUGUAGUUCAAAUGGUAGAAAGGAGUCUGAAUAGUUCGAAAAGGCAGCUGAGCUAUCUGUCGUGUGGAACGGGAAACCCCAUUGAUGACUGUUGGCGAUGUGAUCCCAACUGGGUUAAUAACAGAAAGAGGCUGGCUGACUGUGCCAUCGGAUUUGCCAAAAACGCCAUUGGAGGUAAGCAGGGCAAAUUUUAUGUGGUUACAGAUCCCAAUGACGACGACCCAGUCAAUCCUCGGCCCGGCACUCUGCGCCACGCUGUUAUUCAAACCGAGCCUCUCUGGAUUAUUUUCCAGAGAGACAUGGUCAUCCAACUGAAGGAAGAGCUUAUAAUGAACAGUUACAAGACUAUUGAUGGUAGAGGCGCAAACGUUCAUAUAGCAAAUGGAGCUUGCAUUACAAUUCAGUAUGUGACCAAUAUCAUCAUUCAUGGAGUACAUAUUCAUGACUGUAAACCUGCGGGAAAUACAAAUGUUAGGAGCUCACCCACCCAUUAUGGGUAUAGAACCAGGAGUGAUGGAGAUGGGAUUUCCAUCUUUGGAUCAAGCGCAAUUUGGGUAGAUCACUGUUCAUUGUCAAGCUGCGCAGAUGGACUGAUCGAUGCCAUCAUGGGUUCCACUGCUAUCACCAUUUCAAACAACUUUUUCACUCACCAUGACAAGGUGAUGCUCCUGGGACACAGUGACGAAUAUACCCAAGACGUUAAAAUGCAAGCAACAAUCGCAUUCAACCAUUUUGGAGAAGGUCUUGUUCAGCGUAUGCCCAGAUGCCGACAUGGAUACUUCCAUGUGGUGAACAAUGAUUACACCCACUGGGAAAUGUACGCUAUCGGUGGGAGUGCAAACCCCACCAUUAACAGCCAAGGCAACAGAUUCCUUGCCCCUGACAAUCGAUUCCUCAAGGAGGUGACAAAGCAUGAAAAUGCACCAGAAGGUACAUGGAGGAAUUGGAAUUGGAGAUCAGAGGGAGAUUUGAUGUUAAACGGGGCGUUCUUCAGAGCAUCAGGAGCUGGAGCAUCCUCAAGUUAUGCCAAAGCUUCAAGUAUGGUGGCAAGACCAUCCUCUAUUGUGGGCUCUAUCACUGCAACGUCAGGUGUUCUCACCUGCAUAAAAGGUUCCCGCUGUUAGACCAAAAUACUUGCAUCCCAGACAAACUGUUAGGAAUCCUUCUAUUCUCUAACUUGGCAGGCAUGGUUGGACUGAAUGAUGCAUCUAUUUUUCUCCAGACAAUAUGAUCGUGGAUAACUAAAGUUUGUUAGUAUCAGUUACUUUUUUUUAUGUUUGUUGAGAAUCUUCAGUCUUGUACAAAAUUGGAAUAUAUCAGUCUACUUUUUCUCAAAUUAGAAGCGUUUUGGCGUAGGGUCAUGUCAAUAUGGUGUCUAUUAUCUUGCUUGCAACUGAAAAUAAUGUAUUUGUAUGGCUCUCUGUGCUUAAGAGUUGUACGUGAAUUUGUGGGCACCAGGCAUUAUUGUACAUGACAAUGGUUAAUAUAUUUCACUUCCACGGGACUUACAGUGACCAUUUGAGUUUGAUUUCUCGUUUAAUAUUUUUA